GGCGUUAGGCUGGUGCCUAGGGUCGGUUGCGAAGAGGCUGGUGGAGGCCAGGAGAGGCCGAGCGGGAGGAGGUUGAGGAAAGCGGAUAAAAAACAAAAAUAAGCGCAGCUUCCGGACACAUGUCAGGAAUCAUUUUCAGAAAAUAAGGCAAUCUGCAAACUAUUCUGGCACACUGACAGGAUUCUCCAUCGGAUCUAAAUUACCAUUCUGGAUUAUGCCUGUCUUCAUCAUGGCCACAGAAGUUAGCUCAAACACUGCAGCAGGAAAUCCCCAACAGCAGCAGUCAAGUUCUGAGCAACAAGAGCCUCCCAACUUUGACAAAGCAGAGAAACAGCCAAAGGAGAAUCAGCAGCUCACAGAAGUAGUGGACAAGCAAACAGCAGCAGUACCAGUCAACGGUGGUCCAGCCCACAAAGAGGAAGCAGAGAAGGCGCAGUCCUCAAGCAGCAAAGGAUUGUCUCGCUUCUUACCUGGCUGGCUGAAGAGACCCAAAUCUCAGAUUUCAGAAGAAGAGUGUGGAAAGGAAACUGGAUUAGCUUCUGUGGAGGACAAUGCUAUACAACUACAACAACAACUGAAUUCUGUAGAGCAAAAAGAAGAAAGAGGACAAGGGGCCCCUAUUGCUGAUCAGGAGUUGGAUGAUAAUAUUGAAGAAGAAGCAACUUUAGAUUUACAUUCCCUGAGUAGUGUUGAAACACAGCCAGCACAAGAGGAGAAAGAAGAUCUUCUUCUCGAGAAGGAUUCAGUGAUUAAGGAUGAAGUAAAACUAGAAACUCCUGAAGAGAAACAAGGUCAAAGUACGGAGCCACAAACCAGCGAAGCUUUGAAACCACUUCCAAAGAUUACCAAAAAAUCCAAAACCAUGCGUUGCAAGGUGACUCUAUUGGAUGAAACUGAAUUUCAGUGUGAUGUUGAGAGACAUUCCAAGGGACAUGAACUCUUUGCCAAAGUGUGCCAACAUCUUAACCUUCUGGAGAAGGACUAUUUUGGUCUGGCCGUUUGGGAUUCCACAAAUCAGAGAAGUUGGUUAGAUCUCACCAAAGAAAUUAAGAAGCAGUUACAAGGUGGACCUUGGGAUUUUACAUUCAAUGUGAAGUUUUAUCCACCUGAUCCUGCACAGUUGACCGAAGAUAUUACGAGAUACUACCUGUGUCUUCAGUUGCGUCAGGACAUAGUUACUGGAUGUCUGCCAUGUUCAUUUGUUACUCUUGCCCUGUUGGGAUCAUACACCGUUCAAUCAGAGCUGGGUGAAUAUGAUCCAGAGUUACAUGGAACAAAUUAUGUUAGUGAAUUUAGGUUGGCCCCAAAUCAAACAAAGGAAUUGGAAGAGAAAAUUAUGGAACUUCACAAAACACAUAGAGCUAUGACUCCAGCACAAGCUGAUUUGCAAUUCUUGGAGAAUGCAAAGAAACUUUCAAUGUAUGGUGUGGACUUUCAUCCCGCUAAGGACUUAGAAGGAGUGGACAUCAUGCUUGGGGUAUGUUCAGGUGGUCUUCUUGUAUACAAAGACAGGCUCAGGAUCAAUCGUUUUGCCUGGCCGAAAGUUCUCAAGAUCUCAUACAAACGCAGCAGCUUCUUCAUUAAAAUUCGUCCAGGAGAGGAUCAGUGUGAAAGCACUAUUGGUUUCAAGCUGCCCAAUUACCGUGCUGCCAAAAAGUUGUGGAAGGUUUGUGUGGAAAAUCAUACCUUUUUCAGAUUAACAACACCAGAGUCCACAGCUAAGAGCAAAUUCCUGUCCCUGGGUUCCAAAUUCCGUUAUAGUGGUCGAACACAGGUUCAGACCAGAGAAGCAAGUGCUCUAAUUGACAGACCUGCACCACGUUUUGAGCGUACUGCAAGCAAAAGGGCAUCCAGAAGCCUGGAUGGAGCUAAACGUAAGUUUCCAAAAACCUCUGUUGAAUUACCACUGGACGAGGAUCUUGAGCCCAGAUGUAUUGAAGCACCCAGAGAGCAGCCAGCUGCAGUUACUGGGACUCCAGACAGAAGCCCAAGGGCAGUUACUACUUCUGCACCAACCAUAUCUCAAAGUCAUUCAGUGGAAGCUAGUAGCCCACCCACAGCUGAGACGACUGGAGUGACUGAAUCGAAAGCAGUUAAGGAGGAGGUGCAAUUGGAGGUAAAACAAGGAGAGGGUCUCAUUGAGAAGAGAUCAGAACCAGUCCAAGAGGUUAAGCAGGUCAUCACACAGCAGACUGAAAUCGCAUCAUUUCCUGCCACAGCAAAUGAAAAAUCACAGCAAAAGCCCGAUGGAGAGGAAGAGGUUGUCCGAAUGCGCAAGAAGAGAUCAAAGAAAGUUGAGGGUGAAAACAUUUAUGUCAGGCAUAGCAAUUUAAUGUUGGAGGAUCUAGACAAAACCCAAGAUGAGAUCAUGAAACAUCAUGCUAGCAUUAGCGAACUAAAGCGCAGCUUUAUGGAGUCUGUACCUGAACCACGCCCUAGUGAAUGGGAUAAACGGCUAUCAGCACACUCACCUUUUAGAACAUUGAACAUCAACGGGCAAGUUCAGUCUGGCACAGAAGGAGCCAUGGUGAUUUCAGGCCUACGCCCUGAAAAGAAGCUUGGUGGGCCAGAGAAAUUAAUAGAAAGCCUAUAUGGACAUUUGCGUACCAAUGAAAAACCAACAAUACUCCAGGCAACCUACUUCCCGUAUGCGACACCUAAGAAGACCAUACGUGAAGGACAGAAACAGACUUCAAAUAAAUCUGCUUUGCUUUCCUCUAGUUCACACCUUCAGAAUGUGGAUGACUAUCUGAAAUCAGAACUGGAUGAGCAGUCAGAGUGUGUAAAAGUUGAUCACAAGGCAGAAAUAGAGGCACUGAAGCUGGAAAAUAGCUUCAGCAUGAGUCAAGUGGCCAACCCAAUGGAGCUUCCACAGGGAUGGUACUCUAUCCCUUUCUCUGUAAUUAACAGCGAGGAGGAGGAAGGAUUGUACCUUUUUCAAAGCAAGGAGCUGAAGUGGCAAAACAGGUCAGAAAGAGGCCUGAAUAUGCAAGCUGAGGCUUCAGAGGAGAUUACAGCAAAGGCCCUUUUGAGCUCUGCUGCUCCUCAACUAAACUAUCGUCUGAAGGAAGGGGAACAUAAAGACCAAUCUUUAAAGAUAAAUGGCGAUAUAUCUUAUUACCAUGAAUCUCCUCAGCUAAUCCGCUGCUUUCAGCCACCACUUGUAAAGACUCAAACUGUAACCAUCUCUGACAUGCCCAACUCUGAAAAUGAGAUUGCAACAAAUGAAGUUCCUGUUGUUCACACUGAAACAAAGACCAUCACAUAUGAAGCAGCGCAGACAGAUGAUGGUAAUGGUGACUGCGAACCUGGGGUAUUGAUGAGUGCUCAAACUAUCACAUCUGAGACCGUCUCCACCACGACAACCACUCAAAUCACAAAGACUAUUAAGGGAGGAAUUUCAGAAACCAGGAUUGAAAAGCGAAUUGUAAUCACAGGAGAUAGUGAUGUCGACCAUGAUCAGGCUUUGGCACAAGCCAUCAAAGAAGCCAAAGAGCAGCAUCCAGAUAUGUCAGUGACAAAGGUAGUAGUCCAUCAAGAAACAGAGGUGGCUGAGGAAUGAGGCCAG